UCUGAUUCUAAAUUUCUUUUCUGUCAGAAGGCRAAGCUCUGGUUCUUCUCUGCUCUCCUUCCUUAGUCUGAUCUAAUUACAUUCAGUUCUUUCCGAUAUAUGUAAGCAAUUGAAAAAGUCUAGUGAAACCCAUUUCGUUUCAGUGUCGCCAGAUGGUGCUUCACACGCAAACUUUUGCACUAAAUUCACUUCCCUCCAUCUUCCCUACUUCUCCCUUCUGCAGAAAUAUCUCUUUCUUUUCUACUUUCUCUUCAAUUGAACCCAUUAGGAGGUCCACUUUGAGUCUUACAGAGAAAAAUCCAUUUCUCAAAUCCUCGUAUCAGCCUCUGAAAUGCUCGCUUUCUGUAGUUUCAGAGCCCAUCCAGAAGGAUUUGCAGAAAAAGCCAUCUCCAGCUGAAGUUACUCGGACAAUAAUGGAGCUUACCUCUGUAGGUACCCUUUCUACUCUAACCCAAGAAGGUUUUCCUCUUGGCAUUGGUGUUCGCUUCGUUGUAGACCCGGAAGGUACUCCUAUCUUGUGUUUGAAUGGUGCAAACAGACAGUUCUCCUUAGACAGGAGGUCUAGUCUUCAUGUACAGUUGGAACAGUGCCGAACACGGUCACCACAGUGUACACUACAAGGCAGCCUCGACAAACCAGAAGAUAGAAUGAUUUUGAAGAAGCUUCAAUCAUUAUGGGAAAAGAGGUUUGGGGAGAAAGUUGACGAGGAUCUUGUCUACAUGGUUUCUGUGGAAAGGGUGCUUCAGAUGGAAGAUUUUAUGGAGGGUGGUGCAUGGGUUACUGCAUCAGAAUAUAGAAAUGCAGAUCCUGAUCCACUCAGGGAUGUCGCAGAAAAGAUUGUAGAUGAGAUAAACAGUGAACACAUGGAUGAUAUUCUUCGCUUUUGCAAUAUUUAUGUGGAAUUGGAAUUCCAGGUGAAAGAAGCAAAUAUGAUAUGGGUUGACAGAUUAGGUUUUGAUGUGCAUUUGAGCUCUGCUGAGGGAGAGACUUAUGAGGUCCGUAUCCCAUUCCCUAGAGAAGUGACGGAUGAGAAGGGGGCAAAAUCGUCGUUCAAUUGCAUGUCCCAAUUUGCUUGGGAAGUAGAGAAAAAUUACAGUGCUCCUACCUUUGAGAAGGUGAAGCAGUUGAAGCAUAUCAGUUACAGUGGUUCUAAGAUGGCAUAAGAAGUUUUCUUGGCGGCAAUGUACCAUCUAAUAUAUGUAGAGUCAUUUUAUGUCUUAUGUUGAUUCACAGACUCUUCUGCAAAGCAAAAGAGUAACAAAUAAUUAUCUAAUUUGGUGAUACUAGAGCAGUUGUGGUUCUCAUUAUUCCAUAUGCGAGUUUUGUAAUAGAUUCAACUGAGCAGUGAGGGAUUGGAUUGACAUUCUGUGAUUAAUUUAGUUAUAGUUUUGCUGAGAUUGGAUGAU